AACAGAACAACUAAUCGGUUUUUCCUUCUACAAGAGAGAUGCAUUAUUGUAUGCUGACUAAAAAAGAUGCUCUGGUUUACUACUGAGAGUAUCGAGCCAAAAAUGUGUGAUCCGGAAAAAUGCCCGAAAGAGAAAAUUCUAUGCUGUUGUCCCCUCGAAUUCUUCCAUCUUAAUAUUGCCUUUGGAGAACUAACUAAUUUGAGAGAAAUUCCAACAUUACUGUUGAGCCACGUACCGUAUUAAAUUUUUACCAUCAGGUCUUCAUUGAUGUAUCCGAGCAUACACUGUGUGGAUUUUCCUGCGCUUCCUUUUUUUUUUUCGAAGUAAUUUACUUCCUCCAUCAUCUCCCUGAAUUCUGUAUCACAUUUAAGUUAUCUUUCCUCUAUAGUACAUGGUUUCCUCUGUGAAUUAGACUUCCACAAACGCAAAUUUUCUCAUCGGCAUUGUUUUUCCAUUGAAAUGGCGCCGAAAGAAAUGCACUGAUGAUUACGAGUUACUCGACCGCGAGGAAAAUUUGUCCAUUGUAUGGCCUAGAUUUUUAUUUCAUUACGUCACAGAGAUUGAAGCUUGAUCAUAUUUUUUAUUUAUUUUGUCUAUCCGAAUACUAAUGAAUCUAUUCCACAGUUCACUUCGAGAUAUACGGCUGUCAAAUGAAUGUGAACGACGCGGAUGUCGUUUGGACAAUUUUGCGGGACGCCGGCUACGGAAGAGCCGUAGGACCGUCGGACGCCGACGUCAUCCUCAUCGUUACCUGUUCGAUCCGCGAAGGAGCGGAAUCGAAGAUUUGGAACAAAUUGCGAGACCUUGCGGCGUUGCGGAAGAAGAAGAAAAGCGUCAGUCGUGUCGCACUUCUUGGUUGCAUGGCGGAAAGGUUGAAAUCGAAGCUUCUGGAAGGCGAAGAACGGUUGGUGGACGUUGUUUGUGGCCCGGAUGCCUACCGAGACUUGCCUCGUUUGCUCUCCGUCGCCGAGGCUGGUGAUCAAGCCAUGAACGUCGCUCUGUCUCUAGAAGAAACCUACGCCGAUUUGGCCACUGUUCGAUUGGAUGCUAAUUCAGUUACCGCGUUUGUAUCAAUAAUGCGAGGCUGUGAUAACAUGUGUAGUUACUGCAUUGUGCCGUUUACGAGAGGACGUGAACGAUCUCGUCCGAUUGAGUCAAUUUUGCGGGAAGUCGAGAGACUGGUGGAUGAAGGCGUUAAGGAAGUCACGCUUCUGGGGCAAAAUGUCAACAGUUACCGAGACGUUGGGUCUGACAAGAAUUCCGUGCAUGCAGUGAAAUCGGAAUCCAGGCUGGCGAAGGGCUUCAAGACUGUUUACAAGCCGAAGAAAGGAGGAAUUCGUUUUGCGGAGUUGUUGUCUCGAGUCGCGGAAAUCGAUCCCAAUUUGCGGGUUCGCUUCACAUCCCCGCAUCCGAAAGACUUCCCUGACGAGGUUCGAAGAUUAUCCGCACUCUUGCGGGAGUGUUUAUUUUUCCAUUUGUUGAAUAAUCUAUCAGCGAGAAUCAUGGCAACGCCUUUUAUUCCAAUUGAUCAGGUUCUCCAAGUAAUCAGAAACAAUCCGAACGUGUGCAAGAAUAUUCACCUUCCGGCGCAAAGUGGGAACAGCGAGAUUCUGGAGAAGAUGCGACGAGGUUACACACGGGAAGCCUAUUUGGAACUCGUGGAUCAUAUCCGUAGUCUCAUUCCUAACAUUGGUCUGAGCUCGGAUUUCAUUUGCGGAUUUUCCGGCGAAACCGAUGAGCAAUUUCAAGAUACAUUGACUCUCAUGGAGGCCGUGAAAUACAACUUCGCGUAUCUUUUUCCGUACAGCUUACUUUCCAAACCAGCGCCAUCGUGGGAAGGCACAGCAGUCGUUGACGGCCAGUUCAAACAGCUUUCUUUGGCGGAUUUCAGAGGAAAAUAUAUCGUUUUCUUCUUCUAUCCGCUCGAUUUCACUUUUGUAUGUCCUACGGAGAUUGUGGCCUUCAGCGACCGAGUGGAGGAUUUCCGCAAGAUGGGUGUGGAAGUGGUGGCUUGUUCUGUGGACUCUCAUUUCACUCAUUUGGCGUGGGUGAAGACUCCGAGAACCCAGGGAGGUUUGGAGGGACUGAAGAUACCCUUGCUCUCGGACAUCACGCACCAAAUUGCCAAAGACUAUGGGGUUUAUCUUCAUGACAUGGGUAUUGCGUUGAGG